AUGGCCACAUCAACAGCCGUGCGAGCAAUCCUUGCAACUCCUGUAGCAACUAGUCUAACUACAAACCGUUCUCGAUUGAGCCACUUGCUUCCUGCUACGUAUAUGCCACGACUACGUGGCAAUGCUAGCAGAUCGGUGCGGUGCAUGGCCGAGCUGGAUGACCAAAAGGAGAAAUCGACAGAACCUAUCACUACGCCUCCGAAUCCGCAGAAACUGCCAAAUGCUUCUCCUAAGCAGAAGGUCAGCACAAAGUUCUCUGAUGUGUUGGCAUUUAGUGGACCGGCACCAGAGAGGAUUAAUGGCAGGCUUGCCAUGAUAGGCUUUGUCGCUGCGAUGGCAGUUGAACUAUCUAAGGGCCAGGACGUUUUCUCACAAAUAUCUGACGGUGGAUUUACAUGGUUCCUUGGAACAAGUAUUGUGCUCUCAAUAGCAUCUUUGAUCCCAUUGUUUCAGGGGGUCAGUGUGGAAUCUAAAUCAGAGGGGUUGAUGACAUCUGAUGCUGAGCUGUGGAACGGUAGAUUUGCCAUGUUGGGUUUGGUUGCAUUGGCCUUCACCGAGUUUGUCAAGGGUGGAAGCCUUGUGUAG